UUCGACAAAGUCAAAUGUCAUUUUUCCAAGUGGUAACUCGCCUCGCAUUUUUUCCAAUGUGAUUGUGGAAGGCGAACUAAUUGCAAAUUUCUAAUAUUUUCAAGAACUAUUUUUUCAUAUUCUUGUUUCUAUUUCACUGUUUUAACAAUCUUUUUCAAUUUAUAACCUAAGAAACGUACAUUUAAUUUGGUACAUUGGAUCGUCUUGCUACCAAAGUUUACACUGUACUUGGCAAGAUGUCGGUGAUACUCUUCUGCAAUUUUGACAAGGAAAGAAUGUAUGUAUCAUCGUAAAAGCUUUUAUUGGAUUUUAUAUGAGCUUAUAAUCGUGUGAAUGUGUAAAUAAAAUAGGUAGAAAUACGCCAAUAUGCAUCAAGUCGCGGAUGGUAAUGUACAAAGCAUCAAAUGCAGUCAGAUGAAUGCGAAUGCGAAAAGCAAGAGCAAAAAGGCCAAAGAUCCUUCUGAAACGACUGACGAUAUAAGUAUAUUGGAUCAAGAGAAGCUAAAAGAAGUUUUAGCUAAUACUCUUCAUAUUAACAAUUUGAAUAAUAGUAACCUAACUAAUGGAACAAGUGAUCACUUGAAUAAAAAUGAUGUCUCGAACAGUUCGAGUGUGAUUCAAGCUCAAGACGAUGUAGUAAGUGAUCUUUCGAAAGAUGUAAAUAGUGUACAGUGUAGUGAUGCUGCCAGUGGGCAGACUGAGGAACCUGCUUCUGUCAGGCACCCUUCAGACACCUUAGAAAGCAUGGAAGACAGUGCCGACACGCAUGACGAAGCUCCAAGAGAAGAAAUCGAAAUAAUAUCGUACGAGUCGGAGCUUCAAAUGCCAGAGAUUAUGCGACUUAUACAAAAAGAUUUAUCAGAACCUUACUCUAUCUAUACCUAUAGAUACUUUAUUCAUAAUUGGCCUAAACUUUGCUUCUUAGCGACUCAUGAAGGGACUUGCAUAGGUGCCAUCGUUUGUAAGUUAGAUAUGCAUCGCAAUGUUGUCAAGAGAGGCUAUAUUGCCAUGUUGGCGGUGGAUGAGAAGUACAGGAAGAAAAAGAUUGGAUCUAGGCUAGUUCGGAAAGCAAUACAGGCAAUGAUAAAUGACAAUGCAGACGAAGUGGUCUUAGAAACUGAAAUCACAAAUAAACCAGCUCUCAAGUUAUAUGAAAAUUUGGGCUUUGUACGGGACAAGCGCUUAUUUCGAUAUUAUCUCAAUGGUGUAGAUGCAUUGCGAUUAAAGUUGUGGUUAAGGUGAAAUAAGUAGGUAACUAAUGGGAAAUUCUCAAUGUUGUGUUAUUAUACUUGUGGAGGCUUACUAGUCUCAAGCAUAUUUUACAUAUAAGUGAUCCCUCCUGUUGUUAUAUGGUGUAACCUUCUAUUGCCAUGAGGAUUUUAGCCAAAUGUAUAGUUUUGUUUCAAUUAUUUUAGUCAUGUGAUAUGUUUAUUUUAUGUAAUUUAUGUGUUGAAAUUGUUAAUGAAAUAUUUUCCUCAAAUUGAUUUUAUAUCUUGUGUAUAAGAUUAUAAAUGGUUCAUUUCCAUCCAAAAAAUACACAACUUUGAAGAAUUAAAAUUAUAGUCAGUGUUUAUAUUUUCACCCUUACUUGUAGCUUUUGUCACAGAU